UAUUGCAGGGCAAUGGCCCCUACAGUAGGCGAGUACUAUGCUAACAAGAAUGUGCUGAUCACGGGGGCGACUGGAUUCGUCGGGAAGAUCCUGGUGGAAAAACUGCUUCGCUCCUGCCCCGAGCUGAACACCAUCUACCUUCUGCUGCGACAGAAGAAGGGAGUGUCCAGCGAGGAACGGCUGCGGGACCUCAUCAGCAAUAAGCUCUUCAAUCCCCUGAGAGCCAAACAGCCCGAGGUCUUCACCAAGCUCCGUCUUGUGGCCGGAGACAUCCUGGAAGAGGAACUGGGCCUCAGCAAUGAUGACAGACAGGAGCUGCAGAGGUGCUGCCAUGUGGUGUUCCACAGCGCGGCUUGUGUGCGUUUUGACCAAAAACUCAAAGAUGCCGUAAACUUGAACACAACCGGCACAUUGCGUGUCUUGAAACUAGCUGAAAAAAUGGAGAAUUUGGAGGUAUUAGUCCACAUCUCGACCGCCUACUGCCGUUGCGAGCUGGACGUACUGGAAGAAAAGCUCUACCCCGCCGUCCAUAAGCCCGCCUGGAUCAUGGACAUAGUGGACUGGAUGGAUGACAGCAUGCUGGACUAUUUGGAACCCAAACUGAUCGCCCCCGAGCCCAACACAUACGCAUAUACUAAGGCCAUAACUGAAGACAUGGUCGCAGAGUACGGCAAGAAAUUCCCUGUCGCCAUCGCGAGGCCUUCUAUUGUGGUGGCAUCCCUGAAGGAGCCGAUUCCCGGCUGGGUGGACAACCUAAAUGGGCCCACGGGCUUGAUCAUUGGCAGUGGGAAAGGCGUUAUCCGCACGAUGCACUGUGAACCUUCCUACCUAGCCGACGCCAUGCCGGUCGACGUGGUCGUCAACGCAUGCAUCCUUCUAGCUUUCGCUACUGCCAUUGAGAGACCACAAGAGGCCAAGUUUUUCAACGUCACGAUGUCCGGUGCGCUGCGCUGUACGUGGGGGGAGAUGAUACGGCUAGGGGAGUAUUGGGUGAACAUGUUCCCCCCGACCAUGGCGCUCUGGUACCCGGGGGGCUCCAUCAAGUCCUACUGGCUCUGGCACCAGUUCUGCCUGGUCACCACACAGCUGAUACCGGCUUAUCUCAUCGAUGUACUACUCUUUCUACUGGGGAAGAAGACUUUUAUGGUGAAAGUCCAGGAGCGAAUCAGCCACGGGCUGGACGUGCUUCAAUACUACACGACCAAGGAAUGGUAUUUCAAGAACACUAACUUCAUUGCUCUUCGUUCUAAGGUGUCAGAGGCCGACAACGAAACGUUCUUCACCGACGUGAGCAAGGUGGACGUGAACGACUACCUGAAAAACUACAUGAUCGGAGCCAGGGAGUACUGCUGCAAGGAGGACCCGAGCAACCUGGAGCGGGCCAGGAAACUGCAUAAUAUACGGUACUACGUAGACCGCGUGACUCGCUGCAUACUGAUCUUCCUCCUCUGCUGGUUCCUCUACAGCUACGCGCAUGUGUUCACCGCGGCCAUCGAAUACCUCGACGUUUCAUUGAAAAAUAUAUCUCCCUAUUAAUGCUUAG